AUGGCGACAAUAUUCGGGCAGAAUGCACAAGCCCAGCCAGCCAUUCUCCAGUCCGACGACGAUCUCGCCAGGAGCGCGUCUCGCCCCGCCAAACCCGACACGCUCCCUAAACCACCUCCCACGAGUCCAAAGAGCGGUCUAUUCCGUGUUCUACUCCGUACAGUACCAGUAAUCCUCAUUCUAAUCGCCAUGGGCCUCGCCAUCUUCUUGUUCGUGUACACUUCACGCACGGCAUGGCAUGGACUCAUUAUCACGACCACCAAACCACUCGGAGACGUCUUGCUGCUGACGACGGCCGCGUCAAAGCUCGUCUUUACUGCCGUUCCCCUCCUCAUGACAGCCGCUGCAUAUCCAAUCGCAGAUGCCUGGGUCAAGCGCCGCAAAGAGUUUCAGGAACAGGCUUCAGAAUAUGCAAACGAAAAUCUGCCGCAGAUCCCAGACCGCGCCGCCCUCUCGGAGAUGUUUACGGCUGCAAACAUUUCCGCUGCUCUCAAAGGGUCGCUGUUCCUCUUCCGCCGACCCGAAGAUAAGGAGACAGAAUCAGAGAAGCCCAAACCGCAACAGGACAAGAAGAAGAAGCAGGACGCUCUUUCGUACGGGACCCUCAAACAGACGGUGUACACUCUUAUUGCACUGUUGGUUCUUGCCUAUCUCAUCUUCCUUGUCGAUCUCAUCCUUCACGGCACUUCCAAGGCACUCAACGUCAACGACCACGAUCAAUGGUCGUCUUCCAGCACUUUCACCAAUACCACCGGAGACGCAUCCUCUUCCAAUAGUGCGACCGUCGACGGAUCAUCCUCCAUCUCGGCUCAAUACACGCUGUCGCUGAAGGGUGAAUGCGACUCUCUCAAUUCCACCACCCAACGUCCCUGCACCAUCGACUUUGUAGAAGGUGGCGUACCAGGCUCUACGUAUAUCGAAGCGGCGUACAUCAAAGGAUACGCAGACGCCCUUGAUAUCAUCUCCGGUACCUCUUCCACUUUCAAGGUUGCCUCGCUCGCAUACAAUGGCACGGGUAGCGAGGGAGAGCGUCACGUCGCUGCACUCCUUCCUCCGAAUAGCGGAGCCGACUACAAGAUGGACACGGUCGGGGUGUACGCUCAGUGUACUUCCAUGACACAGACAUGCGACUUUACGACGCAGUGUGGCGCCGCCAAUGCGACAACUGUCGAGUGCGGCCAAUGCAACCUUCAGGGCUAUCCAAACAUUCGCGCGUUCACCACCGAUACGCAGCCACAUGGUGUACUCAAGCGCUAUGUGACCGGAUCCAACGCUUGGGACUUUGAAAUGAACGGCUCAAAUGGGACGGACACCAACUCUAUGGUCUUUCUCUUUAGCGCCGCCUUUGACACUGGUUCGGCUGGUGGAGAGCUCAAGGGAAAAGGUGGAUUGUACAAAGAUCGUACGUGGGGACGUGGUGUCAACACGACGUUGGACUCGACUGUCCUCGUCUGCUACACCCAUGUCGUCGAUUUGUCAGUACAAUACACGACCGGUGCUGGAUACGAGAUUAUGCAGCUCCAAGAGGCACAGAAGAAUGGAACCAUCCGCGCCGUCACAAGCGUGAUUGACAUGUAUCAAUCUCCAUUCGACUACUUCUUCUCCACACUCGAGCCUUUGGCAUCAGCAUCACUCGCAUCCUCCGAGCCAGAAGACUUUGUUAGCUCUUUCGAGCGCCUGUUUGCAAAGACAUACCUCCCUUUUGCCCAAUAUGCCUUUACCUCUUCGUCUGGAUCCACUGGAACAGGCGGCGCUAGUUCCAAUACGGAUGCGGAUAACGCGAAUGGUUUUGGAAUUCUCAGCACGACCACGACGAUUACCACGAGCGGCUCGAGCGAUAAUAUUGUCAUGGGCACCCAGGUCUCCGUAGCGUGGUUCCUGAUUUACCUUCUUCUGCUCCUCGCAUUCGUUUGCGUCGGUAUCUACAUCGCGAUUCGCAGCGUCGUUAUUCAUCUGCAGGCACGAUGGACCGAGGCAAAAGAAGACCACGAGAAGAGGGAACGUGAAAACGAAAAGGCAAAGGCUGCGGGUGACGAUGAGGAGGAGGAGCAUGUCGACGAGGACACCCGCGAUACAGCCGAAUGCUUUACGGACCCACUCGGUAUGACCCUCAACACGCCACAAGCGCAGGAAAAGCAGGCAGCCGAGGAGAGAAAUGGAAAGGGCUCAGGCUCAGACGCGCAGGAUGUUGACAUGCGUGAUUCGGUGGAGAGUCUGAAGUUGGCUAUCCCGACGCUCGAUACGCUCGGGUUGCCACAGCUCCCACGCGAUCAAGCCGAGCUCCAAGCCCAGUUGGACAAGGAGAUGCAAGCUCAUGAUCAAACCCCAGAGAGGACAGAGGCUGCGAGACGGUAG